AUGGUAAUCAUGAGGAUCAAAACAGACAACGGUAACGUCACUGUGCUAAACGAAUUGUCGGUUAAAAACCCUGAUAACAGGCGUUGGACGAAUUCUAUCAACACCGAAUCUCAUACAACAGAUUAUUCAGAAGUGACUAAUUUUAACACUAUUCUCGACUCCAGAAGGUCUUCGAAUACAUUAGAAAAUUAUACGGGAACAGAAACUAUUUCUAAGAAUGAUGCGCCAGUCUUGAGUACGAAACUGGUAUGCAACCGACAGUAUCGAAUCAACUCGAGAAACAUAAAUACUGUAUCGUUGUGCGAUAAUACUGAGACGACCAAUCUCGAAGAUUUGAAGGAACCUGACCGAGUUUCUGGUGAAAACUAUUUAGAAAAUACUAAUGUAUACACCGAUACAACACCUCUCGACGAAGAAAGAGUAUUUGAUCAUUCUGAGGCAGAUGAGAUGUCUGAUAACAGUACAAAUCCUGUACCGAGGGGUAUAGUGAAUCCAAAUUAUCCUGGCUUUCAACAUUUAGCGCACACAUUACAGGAUUAUUCUUCAAACAUUGAAAAUUUUUAUCAUUCAGAAAAUGAAAUGACAGAUGAUGACGUUGACGUAGAAAUUACUGAUCUAGCAUAUGACCCUGAUUCUUAUCAAAAUGAGGUUAACGACGGCAAACAAGUUAUUAAUAACAAUAACGUACAGAAAGAUAUAAUAAAAACGCCACUGUCAUCUCAAAAUAAAUGGCAUUUACAAACUAAAAUUUUAGAUAGUCAACAAAAAGAAAUACCAGAUCUUAUAAAAACUGUGUCUCAAAAUAACAAUAAUAACAAUGACACUUUCAAGUAUGAUAUCACAUGUACAGAUGCAGAUAUAGAAAACAAUUUUCACACAAAAGAUAUUAUUGGCGAUUUUAAUAAAGAAGUUGAAGAUGAAAUCAAACAAUUAUUGAAUUAUAAUAUUAAUAUACAAGUUGAUUUAGAGGAAUUACGAAAGGAUAUAAAAGAUACUUUUACAAAACCGAUUGAAAAUACGAUAAACAAUAUAAGCGACGUUGUUAAUCACGUCAUAAAGAAAUUAGUGAAAACACAAAGCGAAUUUACUAAUGAAAGCAAUGAAAUAAAAAAUGAUCUCAUAGAAAAAGAAAAAGAAAAAGUCGACCAAGAAAUCAAUAAAAUAAAUAAGGAAAAUGAGAAAAAUACUAGAACAGAAAUGAGUCUAAGCAGGCCUACGUUUUUAAUAAUUGACAAUAACACCAAUGGCAAAAUAACAGACGCUUUUCUUUCAGACGGAAAGGAUGAGAUAAAUAUUAAUGAAUAUAAUACAGAAAAAUUGAGCCUCAACGUCGAAAACACUAUUAAACAACUAAGCACUGAAUUGCGAAAAAUUAUUCCAAAAUUAGAUGAAAUGCGAGAACGUGAUAAAUUCUGGACCGACUGCAAACGUUCAGUGGUCAUAGAUGGUAAUUCUAACGAAAUACCCAAUACUUCGAAAAAUUAUAGUAUAAGUACUAGCCAUACUCAAGACAAAUCCGUUAUAGGCAGAACAACUAAGAAAAAUGAUAAUCACCUUAGUGGGACACAUUAUGCCAUAAAUUCUACAAAUGACGCCAAGACCAAAACAAAACAGAAUGAAACGAAAUCCUCCAGCCGCAAUGCUCAAAAGAAAACAUCCGUCCGUAAAAAUGAUAACGCAAAAGAUUUGGAAUUGGGGUGUUUUGAUGUGUAUAACAUAGAAACAGCUUUACCAAAAUUAGAUUUGGACGCCAUUGAGAAUCACUUAAAAGCGGCAAAAGAAGCAGAGAGGCGGAAACGCAAUGACAGAGAGGAAAUCAGAAGGCGAUUGGCUAUGGGAGCUGAUGCAGAUGAGUAUUAUAGCAUGGGCUAUACAGAUCGGCCAGGAAAAAAACCAAGCUUGCAUUCUAGACUACAAAGUGGGAUGAAUCUACAAAUAUGUUUUAUGAAUGAAACAGCAUCUGACAAUGAAUCUCAAGCAUCAGACUUAGAAAAAAAUUUCAAUAAUACAAAAAGUUUGUCACGAUCAAGCAUUUUUAGCAAGUCUAAUUACAAUCACCCAUACCAAACGAGGCCCCUAUCAGUAAACAUCACAAAACAUGACAAAAUCAGCACUGUACAAGGUGGUGCCAAGCUCCGCCCUACGUCACUAUCAUUAAAGAAUACGAAAUCAAGGUCAUCACAUUCCCUGGGACACAUUGAGAUUAAAGAGUCGGAUUUCUAUGUACUGCAGGCAACCCUACAGACUGAAGCCAGGAUCGCAUUAGCACAAGCUAAAGAAAUGGCUCGUAUACAAAUGGAGCGCGAGCGCCGUAACAGACCGGUAUCGCCGGUGACAGAGAUGCUCCAGCGCAGUAUGGCCAAGGCCAACGCACCUCUCGCGCCAGACCGACGUCGCGUGUCGCGGCAGCUGCUCACAGACAUGAACAUUGCACAGUUGCAGGUAAUAGUAAACGAGUUGCACUCUCAAAUUGAGUCUCUGAACGAAACACUUGUGAAGCUAUUGAUGGCACGCGACGAGCUGCACAUGGGCCAAGACUCAAUGCUGGUCGACAUUGAAGAUCUCACGCGCUAUCUGGGUGUGAAAGAGCAGACUAAGAAAACCAAAGGCACUUCUACAACCAAAACGGGAAUUAAGAGGCUCACAUCUUUAGUGCACAAAUAA